AUGAAAAAUAAGAAAGUCUCUGUCAAUAACCAAUUUCAAUUAGCAAUUAUCGAACCAAGUGCACAUCUUCAUAAUUUAUCUAUAAUACCAGAUUUGUUAAUGAAAAAAAUCUAUAAUGCUGUGAAUCUAGCAACAAGUUCUGAUCCAACAUUAUUAUUACAAGAUUAUUUAACAAUAUCGGACAGCAAAUUUAAAGAAAUGUUAUUAACAUCAACGUCAGAUCGUACUCAUACCGAUACACUUAUAGAAUUAUUGAAUCAGGAAGAAAUAUUCUUAUUUAUUCGUCAACUUACACAACUCGUCAAUAAAUUAAACUAUUCUCAAUUACAACAUGAACAGUGA